GAGAACCUCAUCACCCUGAAUACUUCCUCAUUAAACCGGCCCGACAGCAAUGCGGCGUCGAGGAUCUAUGAAUGAGAAUUACGCCUCUUUGAUCACUUGACCUCGAACAUAUCCAUGGAGUCCCCAAGCUCUUCAGCUGCGCCGAGCGUCCAGAGAAGAGGAAAGCAUACGCCGCGCUUGCGGAAGGCCUGCGAGUUGUGCCGAGAAGUCAAAGGGCGCUGCGUGCCCAGCCAAGGAGAUCCAGCUCGAUGUUUGAGAUGCGCUCGCGAAGGGAAGAUAUGUGUCUUUCUCGAGGCAAAAGCCAGGCCGAAAAUGGCCAACGACUCUAGAAGCCGGGUCGCCGAGAUGGAGCAGAGGAUCGAGGGAAUCUUGGCUCGUCUGUCCUCCAGCGAAGAUGCCGCCGGCCAGCCAUUGCAUUCCAGGUUGAUCACGCAGACAUCAGCAAAUAUUCAUGAGCUUCCGUAUUCGCCGCUGACACAGACCGCAUACACGAUGCCAGUGAAUCUGCCGCCCUUCCAGUUCUCGAAUAUUGUGUUCGACGGGUUUCAAGAUGCCGUGUCCAAAGGCUUCGUCAGCUUCGAGCAAGCCGAGGCCUCGCUGCAGAUGUUCCAGGGCGAGGCUCGCAAUUUCCCGUUCGUGGUGAUCGAUCCGACAGUCGGACUGGACCUUUUUCGUCGCAAGAGGCCCUUUCUUCUCCUCUCGAUCCUGACCUUUGCUGCGCAGUGGAAUCUAGCUCUUCAGGCGAAACUGGAAGCCGAGCUCAAGGAGUCGUUGAGUCGAAGACUGAUUGUGGAGGGGGAGAAGAGUUUGGAUCUCCUGCAGGGACUUCUAGUCUACUUGAACUGGUAUCAUUUCCAAUUUGAUCCAGCACGUCAGGUACUAUAUCAGCUCGUGCAGAUGGCCAAUUCCUUAGCCCUUGACCUCGGCUUGGACAACCCAGUGCGGCAGGAAUUACUCGUCAAUCCAGCCAGUCUUGUCCCGGAACUUCGUACCAAGUACCUCCUGGCCCUGGAAGAAGUGGAAGGACGGAGGGCUCUUCUCGGGUGCUAUUAUCUGUCCUCGUCGAUAUGCUUAGCAAUGAGGAAACCCAGCAGUCUGGCACACAGUCCUCACAUCAAUAGCUGUGGCGAGUUGCUUGCAGGUAUCGGGGCUGCAGCGUCCGAUGCGCUUCUUCCGAUUUAUGUCCAUCUACAGCGGCUUCAAGAAGACAUCAACCAAGCAUUCAAAUAUGACAGGUCUGAUCAAGAGGGUGAGCGGGACCCUGAAAAGAUCGAGACGCUCUGCAACAGAUUUGAACAGCAGCUUGAACAGUCACGUUCUGCACUCCCACCGGAAGUCUGGAAUAACGCUAAGCUGGCUUCUUCUUAUCGUGCGAUCAGGAUUUACGCAAGAGAGAUCGGAUUUCACGCCCAUCCACCCCCACCAUUCAGUGUACCCACCGCUAGAUCGAGCCCAUCAUGGUAUCUUUCAACCACGCGACACAAUAGCUUACUCAGCUGCUUGGAAGCCACGAGGGAAUACCUGGACCAUUUCUUGUCUCUCUCGGCGGCCGACAUUCUCGCAUUUACUACGCCUGACCUCCUGAGAUUGCUGUACGCCAUGCUUGUUCUCGGAAGAUUUUCGACGAGUGUAGAUGCCCCCUUGCUGGAUGCCAACCUCCUUCAUACCAUGGCCAAUCUAAGAUACUACCUCGAAUCUCUCACGGCCAAAUUUCGAGACGUCCUAGCCACUAUUCACAACCCGUCUGAUCACUAUCUGGUGUACUUAUGUCGCAUGUUUGCCGACUCGAAGAAGUGGUUCGCGCCGGCCUUGACAAGCUCACCCGCCGUCCAUGAAGAUUUAUUCUCUCCUAAACUCACUCGGAUGAAUGCAAAGCCUCUAAUUACGGGGAAUGACUGCUGCCUGGACAUCCCUGGGAAUCAGCAUAGUUGUCCAGACAUAACAUCUGCUUGGAGCAAACCUGUCGCAAGCUCGGACCCUUGUGAGGCGUUCAUGAGGUGGGGAGAUACUGGCAGCGGGUGA